AUGACGAACAGUCGGAACAGUAGGAACGCCCAAGGCGGGAACGAGGGUCCAACUGUACAGAAAGUCCAAACGUAUGGUACUAUGGGGACGUUGGCUGAGUUCAGAAUCGAUGGCGACUGGAAUGUGUACCAGGAGCGGAUGGAGCAAUUUUUUUUGGCAAACGGAAUUCCUGAAGAACGUAAGGUACCUUUACUAAUAACAUGUAUGGGCGAACAAGCAUAUAAGAUGCUUAAGGACCUAUGUGAUCCGAUUAAGCCAGCUGAUAGGACAUAUGAGCAACUAUGCACAGUACUGACUAGGCAGUUUGCUAAAAAAGUAUCAGUGUAUAGAAAAAGAGAAGAAUUUUACAACAUAAGACAGAAUACUAAUGAGUUUGUAACGGAUUGGUAUGCAAAAAUGAAGAAUUUUGCAGCGCAAUGUAGUUUUGGAUCAAAUUUGAUUCCGGUACUAAAAGAUAAGUUCACUACUGGGAUGAAGGAUGGUCCGAUCAAAGAUCGUUUGUAUGAAGAAGAAACGACCAAGGAUUUAAGUGAUCUGGUUGAAAUUGCAAUGAAGAAAGAGGCUGCAAUCAAGACAACAAGUAACAUAGAAGUGCAUUCGAUUGGGAAAAGCAGGGAAGGAGCAAAGAAGAAAAAUAUUUAUGGUCCACCGAAGAAACCUUCAACAGCGAUGGGAGUUGAGGAAAAUGAAGUAAUGGAAAUGUUUCAAGUGGAGGUUAAAAGUGAAAAUAACUGCGGGUUAAGUCCUGUAAUGAUAAUGGUAAAAGUUGAAAAUACAUUAAUUGAAAUGGAAGUUGAUUCUGGUGCAGGUAUUUCAAUAUUACCCGAAGAAGUUGUGAAAGAGAAGUUACCUCAUAUACACAUUAAUCCUACUAUUUUAAAGCUAAGAACUUAUGAUGGUUCAAUUAUUAAGCUGACAGGAGGAAUUGAAGUUAAACUAAUGUAUGGCGAAAGAGAACUAUGUGGUAAAUUAUUAGUAGUUAAAAAAGGACAUAGAGCUUUGGUAGGCAGGGAUUUAAUGAACAAAUUAGGAAUAACGAUUAGGGGUAUUUCAAAGAUUGAAGUAGAAAGCACAAAUAAGAAUAAUAAGUUAGAGUUAUUAAUAAAUGAAUUUGAAGAAUUGUUUGAGGAAAAAAUUGGCAAGUAUAAAUAUGAAAAAGUGACGUUAAAAGUUAAAGAGGAAUGUACACCUAUAUUUUGUAAACCGAGACAAAUACCUUUUGCUUUUAAAAAAAAAGUUGAGGAUGAGUUGGAUAGAUUAGAAAGGGAAGAGAUAAUACAGAAAGUGGAGACUAGUGAAUGGGGUACUCUGCUUGUACCGGUUAUUAAACCAGAUGGAUCUAUUCGUUUAUGUGCAGAUUAUAAGACUACUGUUAAUAAAUAUUUGGUAGAUAUUAACCAUCCAUUACCAAGAGUAGAAGAGGUAUUUGUGGCGUUGCAAGGAGGUAAAACAUUCUCUAAAUUAGAUUUUUUGAAUGCUUAUAACCAAUUACAGUUAUGUGAAAGUACACAAAAACUAUUAGCUUGGAGUACGAGUAAAGGUAUUUAUAUAGAUAAAAGAUUACCUUUUGGUACCAAACCAGCUUGUUCAAAGUUUCAGAGUGUUAUUGAAAAAGUAUUGUUAGGAACAAAGGGUGUUAAAAACUUUUUAGAUGACAUAAUUGUAACUGGACAUAUAAUUGGAUCAGAAGGUAUUGAAAGAGAUCAAAAUAAAGUUAAAGCAAUGCUUAAUGCUGUAGAGCCUAAAAGUGUCACAGAAGUAAAAGCAUUUACAGGUCCUAUUCACAAUUUGUUAAAAAAAGAAGUGAAGUUUGUAUGGACUAGUGAAUGUAGACAGGCGUUUAAUAAGACAAAGCAAGCAAUGGCAUCAGAAUCAUUAUUGGUUCAUUACAAUUCAGAUUUAAGUGUUGUAUUGUCUUGCGAUGCGUCGGAGUAUGGUAUAGGAGCAGUGUUAAUGCAUAUUUUUGAAAAUGGAGAAAGGCGACCAGUGGAGUAUGCAUCAAGAAUCCUAACCGUGGCUAAAAAAAAAAUACUCGAGACUGACCAUAAACCUCUGUUAGCUUUGUAUGGUGAAAAUAAAGAUAUUCCUGUUAUGGCCUCUGGGAGAAUUCAAAGAUGGGCAUUAUAUUUAUCUGAGUUUGAUUAUCAAGUAUUACACGUUAAAAGUAAUGAUAAUAAAGUGGCAGAUGGACUUUCGAGAUUACCUGAUAAACAUGAUGUACAAACUCAAACAAAUGAAACGGAUUAUGUUGAUUUUAUGGAAAAUACUAUGCCUAUUUAUUAUGAGAUACUUAGAGUGAAAACUAAAAAAGAUAAGGAGUUUAAUUUAGUUAUUAAAUAUUUGAAUGAAGGUUGGUCGAUAAAAGUAAGUGAGAAACUGAAACCUUAUGCAAUUAAGAAGGAAGAAAUUUGUGUUGAUAAAGAUAUAUUAAUGUGUGGUUAUAGAAUAUUAAUUCCUAAAAUUCUGAGAAAGAAUUUAUUGAAAGAAGUACAUUCAACUCACAUGGGUAUGUCUAAAAUGAAGACAUUGUGUAGAUCAUACAUGUGGUGGCCUGGAUUAGAUAAGGAUAUAGAAAAUUGGGUACAAAGUUGUGAUGCUUGUUUACAAAGUAGAUCAGAACCAAUUUUAGCAGAACCAAAUAUUAAUUCUAAAAUUCUGAGAAAGAAUUUAUUGAAAGAAGUACAUUCAACUCACAUGGGUAUGUCUAAAAUGAAGACAUUGUGUAGAUCAUACAUGUGGUGGCCUGGAUUAGAUAAGGAUAUAGAAAAUUGGGUACAAAGUUGUGAUGCUUGUUUACAAAGUAGAUCAGAACCAAUUUUAGCAGAACCAAAAAAGUGGGAGGAAGCUAGUUAUCCAAUGGACAGAGUACAUAUAGAUUUUCUAUAUUUAAAAGGUAAAGAUUAUUUGAUAAUGACAGAUAUAUUUACAAAAUGGCAAGAAGUAGCUGAAAUGAAAGUAAGUAAUAGUGGUUCAGUUAUUGAAAAGUUAAGAGAGAUAUUUGCCAGGUUUGGGUUACCAAACAAAAUUGUGUCAGAUAAUGGACCACAAUUUAGAUCAGAGGAGUUUAUACAAUUUUGUAAAAAUAAUAUGAUUAAGUUUGUGACAUCACCUCCUUAUCAUCCAGCUACGGAUGGAUCAGCUGAAAAUGCUGUUAAGUCUUUAAAGAAUAAUAUAUUAAAGGCAGUAAAAGAUAAGACAAAUAAGAAUGUUUCAUUAAAUACAUUAAUCCAAAGAUAUUUGUUAACAUAUAGGAAUACACCACACUGGAUAACGGGCGAGUCACCAAGUUAUAGAAUGUUUGGAAGGAAAAUUAAGACUAGGUUAGAUAAAUUAUGCAUUUCUAAAGAAACAAAUAAGUAUAUAAAAAGAUUUAGAAAAGUAUAUUUUAAAGAAGGAGACAUAGUUUAUGCUAGAGAUUAUUCAAACCCAAACAAAAAAGAGUGGAAGAAGGGAACAAUCGAGGAAGUUAUAGGUGAGAGGAUAUAUAUAGUUAGAUUGGAAAAAGAAAAUUUGAUUUGGAGAAGGCACAUUGACCAACUAAUUGAAGUGGGUAAGAUUAAGGAAAAUGGUAUUGAAACUGUAGAAAAGGAAAAAAGAGAAGAACAAACUGUAUUGAAGGAAAAGAAAAUUAUUAAAGAAAAAGGAGAAACUAUGGAUAAAAAGAAUUUUGAAAUAGAAAAAAGUGAAAUAAAUGAAGGUUUAGAAGAGGAAGUAGAAGUCUCUUUAUCUAAAAGAUCUAAAAGGAAUAGGAAAAAACCAGAUAGGUUGAACUUAUAA